UGGUAUUCGUGUUGGGGGUUUAGUGGUUUCACACAAAGAAAAGUAGGAAGAAGGAGAGAGACAAAGGGAGAGAGAAAUAGAUAGUUGUCAGGAAAUAUCUGGCUAAUUUUCUAAGGGGGCAUCAUUGAUUUUGGCAUUGUAUCCUGGUCUGCCUUGAGCGCUUCGAGAGGAUGGAGACGAUGGAGUCCAUGGAACCGAUAUCUGCGCACUACACCACUGCAUACCCGGAGAUCCACCCCGAUAGCGCCUAUGGAUCUACAGAAGGGGAGGAGAACCAUUCACCGUCUGCCCCCCCAGCUCUUUCAUACGACGAAGAAUUAAUGCACAAGACUAUCCUGGUGGGGGAUAGUGGAGUGGGUAAGACGUCUCUUCUGGUCCAGUUUGACCAGGGCAAGUUCAUCCCUGGAUCCUUCUCUGCUACUGUUGGCAUCUGCUUCACGAACAAGGUGGUGACUGUAGACAACGUGAAGGUAAAACUACAGAUAUGGGACACUGCAGGCCAGGAGCGGUUCAGGAGUGUGACACAUGCCUAUUACAGGGACGCCCAUGGUAAAACAGUCUUGACACAUGCCUAUUACAGGGACGCCCAUGGUAAAACAGUCUUGACACAUGCCUAUUACAGGGACGCCCAUGGUAAAACAGUCUUGACACAUGCCUAUUACAGGGACGCCCAUGGUAAAACAGUCUUGACACAUGCCUAUUACAGGGACGCCCAUGGUAAAACAGUCUUGACACAUGCCUAUUACAGGGACGCCCAUGGUAAAACAGUCUUGACACAUGCCUAUUACAGGGACGCCCAUGCCCUACUCCUUUUAUAUGACAUCACCAGCAAAUCCUCCUUUGACAACAUACGGGCGUGGCUUACAGAGAUUCAUGAGUAUGCACAGAGGGAUGUAGUCAUCAUGUUGCUGGGCAACAAGGCAGACAUGGCCAGUGAAAGAGUGAUCAGGAGAGACGAAGGAGAGAAGCUGGCCAGGGAGUAUUCUGUUCCUUUCAUGGAGACAAGUGCCAAGACUGGGGUGAACGUUGAUCUGGCUUUCAUUGCAGUAGCAAAGGAGCUGAAGCACAGGGCAGUACAUGGCCAGCAGCCCAACGAACCCAAGUUCCAGAUUCAUGAGUACAUUGAGUCUCAGAAGGAAAAGUCUGGUUGCUGUAGCUACUUCUGAUGCAGAUACCUCUUUCUCUCCCUCUGACUCUAUACUCCCCCAAUCAGCAUCAGCUCUGCCAGGUACAAUCAAGGGGAGUGAAGAGGUGCCAUCUAAGUAGUACACAGCAAGGAACUUACAGGGAGGGAAGUAAAUCAACUAAUCAGCUUCGGAUGAGUGUGGGAGAAUUGGCUUUGAGGUUUUUGUAUUUAUCUUUUACACAAAUACAGAAAUGCCAUAGAAAUAUUUUCCCCCUUUUACAAGGAAGAGCUGUCUCAAGAUUAACACAUUUCCCCUAGGACCCAUGAUACUGUGUUAUCAUUAAAAUGCAGUGCCAUGCAUGUGUCACAAGGUGGAAAGUGUUGGGUUCUAAGUCUGGGUUGAGCAGGCAGAGUGAAGCAGAGGCAGACAACAAAAUAAUGUUUUCAAACAUUUAUUUUCUAUGGCAUGGUUUUCUCCACAUAAAUUGCGAUCAACGUUUAAGCAUGUUCUCCGUUAAAAUUCUUACUUCAAUUCCAUAAUUAUUUUCCAUACUUCGUAGCAUGCUCUUUUACUUUUAACUUUAAAACCCAUGCUAGUUACAACCACAGAUAUACAAACCAAACAAAACAAAAAGGGUCCCAGGAAGUGAUAGAGCCCAGGAGGUAGGCGUCUAUUUUUUCAAGAGCUCAAUUUCAGCUUGACCAAACUCAAUUAGCAAUGUGCUCUCACCAAUCAAAGCCAUAACACGUUCCGGCACAACCUGGGACCCACCAUGCUUCCAGACAACAUUCACUUCCUGUGAGCAGCUGCCUGGAACACAAAAACUAAUGGGUUUAAAUACAGCAUUCAAAGGCAUAUGAUGUGUUAAUCAACCAACACAAAUGCUUCCAUGCAAAUAACUCACACCUGCUUUCAGAUAUAUAAUAAUACAAUUUCAUAAUAUUAUGCUGCUGAAGUUAUUUCAGGUUGUCAAUUUUAAUAUGAACUUGAGUAUUUUAUUCAGAAUAUUACAAUAUGUUAUUUACCUGGUCAGUAGUUUCUUGUGAGAAUGCCAAAUGUAGUAUUUGAUGUAUGCUGCAUGAAAAUUAUAUUUUCUAAAAUG